UGUGAAAGGGGUAUGAGUAACCCAGUAGCGAGCGGAGCGAGCCACCGUGCCCAAAGCGUGGCGAGCGAAGCCUGUCAGGUUACAUUUCGGGUACCCUAUUCUGGUAUACCUCCCUCUAAUGACAUCAGGGGUCCUUUCUCCUACUUGGUUUUAGCCAUAACCCUUACAUAACUCCCCUUCAAUUCACACUAAAUGAAACACACCGCUCACACGGAAAUAAUCACCCUCCCCUGUCAUUUCAUUAACCCUCCCUUUCUUUUAGUUCACACUAUUAUAAAUCCCCCUCCCCUCCAUUCACACUAUUAACCCCCAUCCUCUCCAGUUCACACUUUGUACACUUUACCUGUGGGGCAUCUCCCAACACAAGGGAACUGAAACUACAACUCCCAGGACAUCAGUAACCUUAUAUACACGUGAUCCCAUUUACAGCCAAUCACGGCAUAGCCCAGCUCUGAGUAUGAUAACGAGGCCUGGAUAGCAAAACUAAGAAAUGUUAGUGACACGCAAGCUCUGCCUUUCCGGUGCCUGACUUCCGGUCACUGAGCUAAUGGGAAGCAGCAGCACAGACGGAAGAGACAGCUGCAGGACCACUACUCAGACCAUCAGGGAGACUUGCUGAGGAUGAACAAGAACAGGAAUUACAUGACUGAGCAGAUACUAAACCUCACCCUGGAGAUCAUCUACCUGCUGACCGGAGAGGAUUAUGUACCUGAGAAAAAGUCAUCGGUGCAUGUCACAAGAAGCUGUGGUUCCCGAAUCUCGGGAAUAAUGAGCAGGACCCAGAGCCCCAUCACAGAGCCCUCACCUCACUCCCGGAUACAUGAGAGAGAGAAUGAGCAGAAGAUCCUGGAACUCACCAACAAGAUCAUUCAGCUGCUGACUGGAGAGGUUCCUAUAAGGUGUCAGGAUGUCACUGUCUAUCUCUCCAUGGAGGAGUGGGAGUAUUUAGAGGGACACAAGGAUCUGUAUAAGGACGUGAUGAUAGAGAAUCAACAGACCCGCACGUCACAGGAUAGUAAUGGGAGCUUACGUGUUUCAUAUAACAAAGAUCAGAAGUCACCGCCAAGUUCCUGGGUCAUGUCCCUCACUGCCACAUCAUCGCUGACCUCACCGCGUUCUACUGAGGACAAUUUACUCCUGUCCCAAAAUGAGACUGAUGAAGCAAGCCUGAUCGGAGAUGGGCCCAAGAGUUCUGCAUCUUCAGAUGGAUCCAGUAAGAGACAUGCACCAGAGAGAUGCCUCAGCCCACUUUAUACACAGGAUCCUGCAAAGGAAGAUCACCACGUCCCUCGAGAUUACAAGGCUAAGCAACGGAGAGAUGUGAAGUCGCAGACUGAUGGCAGAGAAAAGACGUACGUGUGGGCUGAGCAACAUUGUAAGGAAGAGGAGGAGGAAAGCACUACUGACGUCGGCACAGAUGGAAAUGACCAGAAUGCCUCAAGCCUACAUGAAGUGAGAGACAAGGCCACGCGUGGUCUGGCUCAUGUAGAAAAUCCUAUUGUUCCGACUAUGCAGCCAUUUUAUCAUAUCGCAGACGCGUGUCCCCGCCAAUACAGACACGAGGAGUACUUUCCCAGCAGCUCCGAUAUCAUUACCCGGGUUCUUACAGAUGACAACCUCUUUGCAUGCACCGAGUGUGGGAAGUGUUUCAGCUCCAAUGCACGCCUCAAUUCCCAUCAGAAAAUUCACACCGGCGGCAAACCAUUCGCUUGCCAAGACUGCGGCAAACGUUUCAGCAACAAGUCAGACCUUGUGGUGCACCAGAGAACUCACACAGGGGAGAAGCCCUUCCCCUGCCCAGAGUGUGAUAAAUGCUUCAGCAAGAAGUCCAACCUUGCCACACACCUGAGGUACCACAGAGGAGAGAAGCCAUUUGUGUGUUCCGAGUGUGGGAAAUGUUUUAUAAACACAUCCAAUCUGAUAGCUCACCAGCGCUAUCACAGCGGGGAGAAGCCGUUCGCGUGCUUCGAGUGCGGGAAGCGCUUCUUCACCAACGGAAACCUGGUUAUUCACCAGAGGAUUCACACAGGCGAAAAGCCGUUUGUGUGCGCCGACUGCGGGAAGAGCUUCACCAGCAAUGCCGUUUUGGUGGUGCACCAGCGGAUCCACUCGGGAGACAAACAGUUUAUAUGCUCGGACUGUGGAAAAAGCUUCACCACAAACUCCAACCUUGUCACGCACCAGAGGACUCAUUCCGUCGAGAAGCAGUUUAUAUGUUCAGAGUGUGGAGAGUCUUUUGCCAAAAGCUCUAAUCUCACAGUACAUCAGCGACUUCACUCUAUACAUACUGUUCGCAUUCUGUGAGUAUGGAAAAGGGAAAUCCUCCAGUCAUAGAUCUUUGCACACUUGACAGAUUUGGAUAUGACAGAGAAGCCUUUUCCUUUAACCUGAGCUUGUUUAACUAUUCCCCUGUGCCUGUGUGUCUGGAGCUUUUUUUUGCAGAAAAAGAUUCCAUAUGCAUGUUUGACUUUUCUUAUUAUUUAAUAAACUAAUGAGGGACAUGGCUGACAA